CCUAAAUUUAGCUUGGAAUUUGGUUUCCAAGAGAACCUCAAUAGCUAUAAAUAUACUUACAGUUUCCUUCAAAAACAACACAAUUCAUUGACAUCCUCAAGUAUUAGUUACAAUACAUCCUUCUAAAUAUUUUUAGGCCUUUGCUCUACUUCCCUCAAAGAAGCACACAAAAUGGGUUUUCGGUUAAAUGUUAUUCGACAAGCAUCAUUAACUUCUAUCCAAGCAGCUUCAAAAUCAGCAAAAGUGCCAAAAGGCUAUGUUGCGGUGUAUGUUGGAGAGAAACAUAAGCGGUUUGUGAUCCCAAUAUCAUACUUGAACCAACCAUCAUUUCAAGACUUGUUGAGUCAAGCUGAAGAAGAGUUUGGAUAUGAUCAUCCAAUGGGUGGCCUCACAAUUCCUUGCACCGAAGAUGUAUUUCAACGUAUAACUUCUCGCUUGACUUGAAUGAGCUAUGAAUCUGACACCAAAAGAGACUGACAUAAUUUAGUAGAGAUAUUUUUGUAAACUAGGCAUCUGUUCAAAUUGUAAACAUGAGAAAAAAUGACCAUUAGAUUGACAAAUUUAUACAGUAUAUAUAUUUUUUAAUGACAAUGAAUUUGAAUACUCGA